AUGAAGAGUCUAUGGUCUUGCAUAGUUUGUCCAGUAGCUGAUUCAACAUCUAUGCGGGUGCUAUCUGAUGAACAACGGACAAUGAUUUUCCUUAGUAGGAGCAUUUGGGUACCAAAAGGUGCACGUUGUUGCUCCAACCAUCUCUACAAAGGACAUCUGUCAUAUGAAGCCCGACAAUCAGUGAAACAAUCCAAAGUUGAUGAUAUUAUUCUGAAUAAACAUAAUGUAGAGAAACUGAUUGCUAAUUUUCGUUUGGCUCUCAAGCAUGCUGGUUCACUUGAUUUCGAUGACCCAGGAGCUCUUGAAAAUGAAACUUAUACAACCAUUACUGGACUUGAUCGAGGUACUUUAUUUAAUUGUUUUGAAUAA